GGGAGGUGGCUGAAGACAGACAGACAGACAUGUGUCGGCGGCCAUGGAGGAGUUAAUCGUGGAGCUCCGCCUCUUCCUGGACCUGCUGGACCACGAGCACCUGACCUCCACCGUCCGGGAGAAGAAGGCUGUCCUCGCCAACAUCCUGCUCAGGAUCCCGGCCCCCAAAGGUUUUGAAGGCCGAGAUCAUGGGCAGACACUGGAGACCACCAACACCCUGCCAGCCCCACCUCAGCUGCCGCUGCCAGAGAUCCCUCAGCCCUGGCUGCCUCCAGACAGCCGGCCGCCACCUCUGCCCACCGCCUCCCUGCCUGAAGGCUACUACGAGGAAGCUGUACCGCUGAGCCCUGGGAAAGCUCCGGAGUACAUCACAUCCAAUUACGACUCGGACGUGGUGAGCAGCUCGUACGAGUCCUACGACGAGGAGGAGGAGGACGGCAAGGGCAAGGGUGCACGGCACCAGUGGCCGUCCGCAGAGGCCUCCAUGGACCUGGUGAGGGACGCCCGCAUCUGCGCCUUCCUGCUGAGGAAGAAGCGCUUCGGGCAGUGGACCAAGCUACUGUGCGUCAUCAAGGACAACAAGCUCCUGUGCUACAAGAACUCCAAGGACCAGCAGCCCCAGAUGGAGCUGGCCCUGCAGGGCUGCAGCGUCAGCUACGCGCCCCAGGACGGCAAGAAGAAGAAGCACCAGCUGAAGCUGCUGCAGCCGGGCAGCGACCCCCUGGUGCUGGCCGUGCAGAGCACCGAGCAGGCCCAGCAGUGGCUCAGGGUGAUCAGGGACGUGUGCAGUGGCUGCAGUGCGCCCCUGGACUCCGAGUGCCCUCCCCUGUCCAGCUCCCCCGUGCACAAGGCCGAGCUGGAGAAGAAGUUGUCCUCAGAGAGGCCGAGCUCGGACGGGGAGGGCACUGCUGAGAAUGGAGUGGCCGCCUGGAACGGGAAGGAGCCAGCGAAGGGGAAGAAGAGCUGCAAAGGGGAGGCCAAGGGUCCGGUGUCCAAGGUCACGGGCAAGAAGAUCACCAAGAUCAUCGGGCUGGGCAAGAAGAAGCCGUCCACCGACGAGCAGACCUCAUCCGCUGAGGAGGACGUCCCUGCCUGCGGCUACCUGAACGUGCUGACCAACAGCCGCUGGCGGGAGCGCUGGUGCCGCCUGAGGGACAGCAAGCUGGUGCUGCACAAGGACCGGGCGGACCUCAAAGCUCACAUGGUGUCCAUCCCCCUCCGCGGCUGUGAGGUCGCACCGGGCCUGGACCCCAAGCACCCACUCGCCUUCCGGCUGCUCCGCAAUGGGCAGGAGGUCGCCGUGCUGGAGGCCUCGUCAUCUGAAGACAUGGGCAGGUGGGUGGGGAUCUUGCUGGCCGAGACAGGCUCAUCCACAGACCCCGAGGCCUUGCACUACGACUACAUCGAUGUGGAGAUGUCCGCCAACGUCAUUCAGACAGCCAAGCAGACCUUCUGUUUCACCAGCAGGCGUGGCCUCUCCGUCAGCCCCUACCUGGGCGGCUCCUCCAAUGGCUACUCACACCCUAGUGGCGCAGCCCUGCACUACGACGACGUCCCCUGUAUCAACGGAUCGUGGGACCCCGAGGACAGCCUUCCCGCCCCCCGCAGCAGAAGCACGGGAGAAGAGGUGUUCUAUGAUAACGCGGGCCUCUAUGAUAACUUGCCGUCUCCGAAAAUCUUUGCUCGCUACCCACCCGCCGAGAGGAAGGGUCCUCGGGCGCCCGCUUCCCACUGCGGCUCCUCUAACCACUACAAGCGCCCCGCCUCGCCCAGUCUGUCCGCCCCCCUGCCUCUCACUAACACCUCUUCUCAGGGGAGGGCGUCUGUCGGGCCCGGCUCCCAGUUGAAGAGUAAGAAGCCCCCAGCGGCAUCCAACGGGGUCACAGGCAAAGGGAAGACACCGAGCGGGCCGCAGAGAAAGGCGGACCCCACAGCCGGCGUGAAGCGAACCCCUUCCGGUGCCGACCAGUACAGAUACGGCAAGAGCCGCGUGGAGGCGGACGCCCAGCGGCUGCAGAGCCAGGAGGGAGAGCUGCUGGCGCGGAAGGAGGCGCUGCGCACCCGGCUCGCGCAGCUGCGCCAGGAGCGGAGGGCCCUGCGCGCGGCCCUGGAAGUGAACACAGGCAGGAGGACGCAGGCCAGCCUGGAGGAGAAGCUGAAGCAGCUGGAGGAGGACUGCAGGCAGAAGGAGGCCGAGCGCGUGAGCCUGGAGCUGGAGCUGACUGAGGUGAAGGAGAGCCUGCGCAAGGCCCUGGCCGGGGGCAUCACCCUGGGGCUGGCCAUCGAGCCCAAGUCGGGGACCUCCAGCCCACAGUCUCCUGGGUUCCGGCAUCGGACACUGGAGAACUCGCCCAUCUCCAGCUGUGACACCAGUGACGCUGAGGGCUCCAUGCCCGUCAACAGCGCCCUGAGGGCACGCCCACCCGCAGCCUCCACUGGCAGCUCCCCCUGCAGAGGCCACGUGCUGCGCAAGGCCAAGGAGUGGGAACUGAAGAAUGGGACCUAAGGGCCGCGGGGCAGCAGGCGGUGUCUGGCUCUGCACCACGUCCGACGCCCUCCGCCAGCACCGCCUGCCCGGCCGCCCGCCCACCCCCUGCGAGACCCUUCCCAGGAGCAACGGGGCAGGCGAUUACUCUGAAGCCAGCAUGGGCCUACACGCCCAUUCCCUCUCUACUGCCAAACAGCACCUAGUGCCCCUCAGUUUCCAAGUCCACGCGACACGGGGUGCUCGGAGCACGGCCCAGAGCAGGCCCGCCUGUCAGCGGGACAUGUGAACAGGGAGGGCAUCUUGGGCCCUGGCUGCUGCUCCGCUGCGACUGGCCGGGCACCUGAGCAGCGGCUGGUGGCCGGACAGUGGGCCAGCGUCCCUCCACCCCACCCCCACCCCAGUCACAAAAAGCCAUGAGCAGACUGCUCUUGCCCGUUUUAUACCUUUUCUUCUGCUUUUUAAAAUAUUUUUAAAUUUAAAAAAAGUUUUGACAAACGCUUUCUGUCACAGGACAUGAGAAGCUGCCACUCUGGUUACUGUGUUGUUAAAAUGCCCUUUUCCACGUAGACCUCUGCCCGGGAUGCCUUUGAAUCUGGCCCCGGCCCCACUGUGCAACGGCCAGUUGGUGGUGGCAGCCCUGGAGAAGCCUGAGCCUUCUCCCUUCCAGCCCCAGCGGCACCACGGCCCAGGAAGGGGGGGAGGGGUGCUGGGUACUAAUUUCCGGCCCCCAGGCUCUCCCAGCAGGCUGGCCCCCAAUAGCUCCUCCCUUCCUGGGCACGAGGGACCCUCUGGGACCCCACGGCUCACCCACGAUGUCCUCUCAUGGACAUGGGGGACCUGGUAGAACCCCACAGCUGGCCCCCCGACAUCUCUUCCCCUCCUGUGCAUGAGGGACCCAUUAGGACCCCAUGCUGGUCCCCGAUGCCCUCUCCUGGACAUGGGGACCUGGUCAGACUCCUGGCUGAUCCCCAAUGUCCUCUCCUGGACAUGGGGUACAUGGUAGGAUCCCACAGCUGGUGUCUCGCCCUUUUGAAGGGUGGCAGGAGGACGAAGCCAGGCUUGUUAGGGACCAGCCUGGGGUCAGCGGUGGGACGAGACCCUUUGUGAUGGAGUCCUAGACUGCGUGACCACAUGUGUCCACGGCACUCCCCACCCGAGCAAUAGCAGUGCUGUGUGGGCGUGGCCUCUGUGCCUCAUCACAGUGUCCCUACCUAACACAUACCUGUGUGCUGGCACCCCGUGGAGCCCCACGCCCCUCCCCCCUCCCCACCCCAGGUCCCCUCAAACACUCCACCCCACAAAGUUUCGGGGUGUUUCUGACGAUACAGGGACAGCCUGCCCCCGUCUCCAGACCCCAGACUUAGAAGCUCCUGAGCCCGCCGGAUCUCAAGGUCAGCUCUGGUGUGGGGGCUGCAGGCGUCAGGAGGAAGCUGGGAAACACUAGGGCGGGCUGGGGGCCCUGCCCGCCUCGCCUGAGCCCAUGGUCUCCUGGGAAGAGGGGUCUGUUGAGAAAGCAGAGGGUCCACCCCCAGCAGGUCCCCUAGAGGGGAAGAGAGGCCCCUGAGUCACUUGGGGGUUCAGCCAGCUGCUUAGAUGAAGCCAGCUGGCCACCGGCCUUGCUGUCCCCGUGCGUGCCCGGCUGCUUCUGUGGGGAAGUGUCUCGCACCUCCUUGAGCCGCUGGCCUGGGGAGAACCAGCGCUAGACGGCGGAGCCGAGCCUGAAACAGCUGUCACCAGCACCGGCCCACGCGGAGCCCUGGUCCUCACCCGGCGCCUGGCCCAGUCUGGGUUUCCAACCCAAACCAGGUUUGAGUCUCCAGUUUCUAAGCCUCCACCUUUGGGAGAGGGCAAGGCACUGCUGGGACCCCUCAGGCCCUGCCCACCCCGAUUCCUUCAGAUUUGAUCAGAAACAAUGUUUGAAGCGUUGGCUACAAAUGGUUAUUUAUUUGUAUAUGCUCAAGAAAGAGUUUUUAAUUUAUAUUUGUACAUAUUAGACACACGUAGGCACCUUGACUGAGCUCGCUUCACCCUGUCCCCUGAGACCUGUGCCACAGGAGGCGGCCCCUCCUGCCUCGGGGGACGCUGAGAGGACACAGGGAUCGGGCUGUGGGCAGUGAGGUAGCCCACAGCCUGUGUGCAGGGCACGUGGCUGGGACAGGGGUGGCCACCUUCCUAUCUCUGUUACAUGGUUCCAGUCACUGGUGUGCCCCGCAGUCUCGUAGGGCCCAGUCCAGACAGGUGGGCCAUCCAGGUGUCCUCAUGACCCCCCAGGCCAGCUCCCGGCUGCACCGUGCUACGGUGCCCUACGCCUGCCAGAGCCCUCCAUCCAUGCAUGUCCCUCCAGUUCCACGGCGCGCUCAGCCUUCUGCACAGACACCAGGGGCUGGCUGACCAUGCUGCUUUGGUCACUGGAAGUGGCCGCCACACUGGCUACCUCUCUCCGGACUCUGAGAGGCUCCAGUGGGGACGGGGCCUCAGUGUCACCCCAGCAUGUCACCUCCUUCUUGUCAGACAAUGUGGUCCUUUGACAGAAGAGGCCUGGUGCCCAGACAGCCUCCAGGGGGAGACGGCCUCUCCCCCCUCCA